AUUCACACGCUGGUCCGCAAUUGAACCUUCUCUAUAUUUUACAUUCGCAGUUCUCUGUGAAACGGUAAAACAAAAAUUAAAGAAGCAUUACUUGGAUAAAAGUGAUUGUUAAAAUAGAUUUUUAGUGCAUUUAAAAGAAAUCAUAAUACGAAUUAUAAAAGUGAAAAGAAAACAUUUGAACAAUAUUGUUCGGAUAGCAAACGGGAGGUGGUUAAUAGAGAGUGUUGCGCUUUGGCCUGUUGGCAUCAAUUUUUCUUUUUACCCAGCAAACCAAAAUCAGGUUAAUUUCGGAGAUGUCCUACUAUGGGGUAUACCUGGAAAAGGAAGCUGAUAUUCCACAUGUGUACUGUGAAAUGAGCGAAGUCUUGGAUGUGCUGAAAUUGCACAAGGAAGCGCGUUUUCGUGAAUUUAAUAAUGAGAGCGAUGCGAACAAAUUCUCUAAAUAUGGACCUGAGGUGGUGGCGACACCACGGCACGCCGAUGGCAAAUCAUCCAUUGUGGUAGAAAAGGCGGCAUUUCGUGGACCAACUAAGCAGGAACUCAUUGAAUUUCGGAAAAUAAUCGAGUCCGGCGAUUAUGAGCGUGUGAAAACCAUGAUUUGGGAUAAUCCACGCUAUUUGGUGAGCGCUGGUGAUACACCCACCACACUAAAGGAGGGCUAUCGCUAUAAUGCUAUGCACAUUUGUGCAAUAUCCGGAAAGCCGCGCAUAGCUGAGUUGAUUUUGAAGACCGUGAGCGACACAAAAUUUGUGGAUCUGCUUACGGGCAAGAAAAACGACGAGAAAAUGUGCAAGGAGUUGUGUGUGAAUCUAUUAGACUAUUACUUAAACAUACCAGAGAAAGGUCGUAGCGAGACACCGUUACAUUUUGCAGCGAAGACCGGUGGGGUUGAAAUGGUGGAACUGUUGACAACUUUCCCCGAGUGCAAAAUGACACCUAAUUCGGAGGGCCUAUAUCCCAAAGAUAUAAUAUGUGCACGUGUACCGAAUGCCGCGCCGGAAUUAAAAAGGAAGAUCGAAGUAUUGUUGGAGGAGCGUUUUUACGUGCCUGUGUUACGUUCCGUGGACAAUGUUGUACCGCCAAAAAUUGGACAACCGUUUCCUGCCAGCAAUCCACCGAAUCUCAACUGUGAUCCACUGAGCGCUGAGAUCAAAAUUGAAGCUUUGGCCGGUCCAAUGAAUAAGGAGCAAGCCAGUCAAUUCUGUCGUCGUUGGAAAACGCCACCACGUCUGGGUAGCAAUGCCUAUUCACCCGCUACUUAUAAUUUAAUUAUUUCUCCGCUUCAAACGCGCUGCGCAAACGGUACACCAUCAAAGACAUCACUUGCUAAUAUCAGUAACGGCAGUCCUACUAUGAGCACACCACUCACCAAAGCAAAUCGCCGCGCCUUGUUCAACUCUACGCCACGACGUUCGAGUUGUGAGUUAGUUAAUGAAAAUGGCGUAUCCAAUGACACAUCCUUAAUUGUCGAUAAGCAGAAUGGAAAUCAUAAGAAUCAGGUGGAAAAUAUGGAACCAGAAAAUACUACCUCGAAUUCAACUGCAACAACAAACGAGCUAGAGAAAAACAAUAACAGCCGUGAACAAUUAACCUCGCAGGACACGGAUAUAAAUAUUUUAAAGAAUCUCACAUCGCAAAAUACACCAGUGUUACAAAUGAAACGUGAGCUGUUCUUCAGCUAUCGCGACCCCCAUCCUAACACACCAGUGGAGCGCAAUGCGCCUGAUUUCAUAGAAGCCACUAGCUCUUUGCUUGGCGAGCUGGAUAUUAGCGCCAUUGGUGAAAAUAAUGAAAAUCUACCAUUGGACCAGCCGCAGCCGCAACAGCAAACAUUCAAAUUGAAAGGCAGCAUGCUGAAGACAGCGCUGUGCCGUAAGAUGCCACAACAAGAACUGUUCAAAAAUAAUUUUAACACUUAUCGUGAUAUCAGUACAGCUUCCUCACCCGACUCGGACUGUUGCAAUGACUCGCGCAAUUUGUUGUUGAAUGAAUCCCAACACUAUGAUAGUCCGGGCUUCAAAGAGCGUCACAUCAAAAUAACAGACACCGAAAAGGGUUUAGAAUUAAUCGGACGUGAAUUGGCAAGAGAGCAGAAUGUCGAAUGGCGUGAAUAUUGGGACUUUCUCAAUUCGUUCAUCAACAUCGCCUCUGAGGAUGGAUUGAACAAACUGGAAAACUACUUCGCCGAACGCCUUAAGAAUGAGGAAAUGGAAAAGAAGACGGCACAGGCCAUGGCGAAGUCGGCGGUAAUUUUAGACAAUGUUUGCAAUGCACUGGAGAAGUUACAUUUUCCAGAAAACGGCAGUUUACAUGAUUUUCGUAAUGGUUUCAAUAACGAACGGGCGCGCUACUCCAACAUGACUGGCACCGGUGAAGUCGCCUCAACUGCGCCACAGUCCACUACACCAUACACAUAUGUUGAGAAAUCCGUGCAAGUGUUCGCCAAACGCAUGACAAAGGCCAUUAUAUAUAACAUUGAGAACAUGGUGUCCAUCAAUGACACACUGCUGCCUGAAUCGAAAAGACUGAAUUCGUUAAUAUGUAGUUUUAAGGAGGACAAGAGUUUCCGUAAUGUCAAUUUCUCCAAAGUACAUUCGAGAAUUGGCAACUUAAUUUCAAUAUAUUUGGCCAACUCGCAGGAGGUCACGCCUGCAAUGAAAAUAAAACUUCAAGGUAUUAUUAAGUACAUGCUUACGCCUGGUGAGCGACGUGAACACAUCGAAUGUGUUUGCUGGCGAAUACUUAAAAUGUUGGAGUCUCCAACUACUCAGAUACUGCCGGAACAACUUAAAACCGAAGAAAUGUGUUCGAAGGAGUGGGAAAAGGAGCUCCAGUGUGAGUGCCAAUGGGAGACUAAUCUCAGUCGCAAAACAAGUCGACGAAAUCGUAUGGAGGCGCGUUAUCGCAGUCAUCAACAAGCUAGACAUAAUCAACAGCAACAACAACAACAAGACAUACAAAAAACAGAUCAAACAAACGCAGGUAAUGGCAUUGAAUGGCGCGAUCCUUUGCCAUGCACCGACGCAGAUUCUAACUCAAAGGCUGCCAAAGAGCAAUGGCGCGAUCCCGUCGAUUACAAUGAGGGCGCUGAGCGUUGGCGCGAUGUGAACAUACGUGAUGAGUCCUCGGACAAUGAAGUUUUUUGGUCCGAUUUUGGUGACACCGAUUCCGACAAUGAAGAUGAAGUAUGGGCUACGCCACCCGAAAGUUCAUCUCACUGGAGCCUGUUGGAUGAACCUUUAGUGGAGGCAUUCAAAAUAUUUAUCUAUGGCAAUGAACCGACAAAACGUGAUGUCGACGUACUGAAUGCCAUCAUGCACAUCGAUAUCGAUACCACAAAAUAUUCCAAUAUUCACGCGUGGAAAACAGCAAUGCUACGCUAUCCGAAAGAGGAAAUGGACGCCUUCGUUACCAUGCCCAUUGUGAAGAAGUCGCAAUCCUUCACAUAUACAUGUACACCGCAACGUAAGGAACACCGUGCACCGCUGACGCCGUUCGCCCAACGGCAGCCCUUAUCGAAGAGUGUUACCAGCACACCCAUCACAGCCAACUUAAAAGGAAAAUCACUAUUCACUACACAACAACUGCAUUCAACAACAACAACAAUCAUCAAUCCACAGCGUGCACUGCCAACAACUACAGCGAAGCGGUUCUUUGCGCGUCAAACGCUCGCCAACCUGUUGGCGCCCUUCCACGCCAACAACACACACUAACAACGGUUGUUAAAUGAAAUGUUUGGCGGGUUUCUCGUUCUACACUCCCGCUGCCGUGUGUUGGACUUGUCUAAUAACUUUAAUCCAUGUAAAUUUAUAUCAUAAUUUUGGCUGUUUUCAAAUUGAUUUAAUAUCGAAUUUAUUAAUUGUAGCAGCUCUUUGCGCAUUUUGGAAGCAUAGAAAUGCACUUCAUGUUGACUUAUUUCAUUAUUAAUUUUAUGUAUGUUUUUUUUUUAUUUUUGUUGGAAUGUUCUUUUGCAGUUAUUUCGAGUAAUUAUAAAAAAAAAACAAGAAAUGUUAUGUGUAUGAAUUUAAAAACAAAACAAAAACAAAAAACGAAAUGUUCUCCAUUAUUACAUAAUUAUUAUAUAAUUACACUCACUAUGUACUGUUUGCUGUAUUUUAUUGAAACCGAGUUACCACAUGAUUUUAUAGUAUUACACUGAAUAAAUAUUUAGCGGCCCAUUUACAUAUAUGUAUUUGUCUUUGAGAAACUUAAUGAAAUACUACGUUACGCGGUUAAAGGCUGAUUUUUUAACUUAUAUACUAUACACGAUAUACUCGUAUGAAUACAUUAAUAUUAUACAAUUGAAUUUAAUGCCGUGUCAACUAAUUGCUAAUCAAAUAUUGUUGAGUAAACUAUUUUCACCUUUAAUUG